CGGUUUCCCCAAACGCUUCCGCUCCGCGCCGCGACGACACACGGCUUCCGCGUUUAUAUCCCCGUUACAUCCAACACCGCUUUCGUCUUCAUUUUGAUUUUCCUGUUUUCGUUUUUCACCCUCAAGCACUGCAGCACGUCCGUCUCAUUUUACAGGCUGGUCGGGAAAAAUAUGCGUACAGUGGAGACAGCGGUGGCAGCGACCACUAUUACAUCGGCAUUCGAAACGGCGGCGGCGGUGGCUGUAGUAAAAACAUCGUUAUUAUAAUAAUAUAACGGCCUACCUACCUAUACCUUAAACUCAUCAAUCGUUUUCAUUAAUUAUUAAAAUUAUUAAAAUAAUUUUUUUUUUUUUUGCUUCUUUUUCGCUCUUGACUAGGCACAGACCACAUUUUAAUACAUCGCGUAUUCUUGUCAUAUAUAUAAUAUUAGGACCGUGGCCGCAGUGCGUGCGAGUGCAGCAGGUAUUAUUGCUGCAACAGUUGCAGUCGUCGUAUAUAGGUAGGUGGCCGGCACUACAUCUGUAGCGGCGGUCAAUGGCCAAUUUCGGUCGGUUUUACGUGCCGCCGUUCGGGGCCGCCAUGAACGUGGUGUGGGCCGCCGUCAAGGCGUACGUUCCCGAGGAUAGCCCGUGCGUGGAAGCCAUCAUGAAACGUCGCGGCGAUCGUUCGGCGGCGGGUGCAUCGUCCGCCGGGACUGGGACUGGGUCGGCCGACGGUGUGGACGCGGAGCGGAACCGGUUGCAGGGCGGUGGGAAACCGGACACGAACCCGUUCCGGACCACGUGCAACUCGGAACUMUCGUCGUACGGCGGGGUGGAAAAACGCGACGGCGGUGUGGACGGCGACGGCGUCAUUAAGAGGACGCCGCAAGCGUUCAGCAUGGACGACGGUAGCUUUGACGAGGACUCGUCGGGCGGUGGAGAGUUCGGUCGCGGCCGGCACAAGAUCGACGAAUGGCAAGCCGCGUGGAAUGUCACCAACGCCAUACAGGGGAUGUUCGUGGUUUCACUGCCGUUUGCUGUACUGCGCGGCGGUUACUGGGCAAUCGUGGCCAUGAUCGGAAUCGCGUACAUAUGCUGUUACACGGGCAAGAUACUGGUGGAGUGCCUGUACGAGCUGGACCUGAACACGGGACAGCGGGUCCGAGUUCGCGACUCGUACGUGUCGAUCGCUCGGGAUUGUUUCGGGCCGGUGUGGGGCGCCCGGGCCGUGAAUGUGGCCCAGAUGAUCGAGCUGCUGAUGACGUGCAUACUGUACGUGGUUGCGUGCGGCGACCUGAUGGAGGGCACGUUCCCGGACGGCGUGAUCGACACGCGCAGCUGGAUGAUGAUCACGGGCGUGCUGCUCAUACCACUCGGGUUCCUCAAGCACUUGCACCACGUGUCGUUGCUCAGCUUCUGGUGCACAAUGUCACACAUAGUCAUCAACAUCAUCAUACUAGGCUACUGCGUGCUGGAGCUGCCCGACUGGGGCUGGAGCAAGGUCAAAUGGACCAUCGACGUGGAGAACUUCCCCAUAUCGCUUGGCAUGAUCGUGUUCAGUUACACCUCGCAGAUAUUUCUUCCCACGCUCGAGGGMAACCUGUCCGACCGGUCAAAGUUUGACUGGAUGCUGGAGUGGAGCCACAUCGCGGCCGCCAUAUUCAAGUCGCUGUUCGGUUACGUGUGCUUUCUGACGUUCCAGAACGACACGCAACAGGUGAUUACCAACAACCUGCACUCGCCCGCGUUCAAGGGCCUGGUAAAUGUGUUCCUGGUGGUCAAGGUACUGCUGUCGUACCCACUGCCAUACUACGCGGCGUGCGACAUACUUGAAAAGUCCUUCUUCAUAGGGCCGCCCGCUACGCCGUACCCGAGCAUCUGGCACGUGGACGGCGAGCUCAAAGUCUGGGGCCUGGCGUUCCGAGUGGCCAUCAUUCUGUGCACCGUGUUCAUGGCCAUCUCCAUACCGCACUUCGCCAUACUGAUGGGCUUCAUCGGCAGCUUCACCGGCACCAUGUUGUCGUUCAUAUGGCCGUGCUACUUCCACCUCAAGCUGAAGGGAGACUCACUCGAGUGGCGCACCAUAAUGUUCAACUGUUUCGUCAUAUUUCUUGGCUGUCUGUUCGGCGUCAUCGGMGUCUACGACUCCGGCACGGCCAUCAUCAAAGCGUUCCAGAUCGGGUUGCCGUUCUGAGCAGUAGAUCGUCCUGCAGCAUCCACGUCUCCACGCGCCCUUUCCCCUCCAAAAUCCGUAUCCGCGAUCCACGUACCAACCUGUGCAACACAUCCACUAACUACACCGACUAACACUCAUCACACGUCCAUCAUCAAAGUCUUAUUAUUUAUCAUUAUUUUAUAUUUUUCMACCGCACGYCCGAAUCCGAUAUAUUUGUUAUUAUAAAUGAUCAUGUUACUUACUUUGCAGUUUUUUGCCGACGACUGGCUCGGACCGAACAUUCAAACAUAAAAAAAAAUAAAAAUAAUGACAAUAGUAAAUAGAAUAGGCACCUACCAGUUUUUCAUUAAAUUAAACAAUAAAUGAACUGUGAAUGUGGAUCCAACAGAAUCGGGCAUUUGAUUAGGUUCGAUUCAGUGGCGUAAUUAGGGGUGUGGGGGGUAGGGGUUCAAGUAGAUUAUUUGUAGUUUUUUUUAAAUUAGUUUAUGGAUCGAUAUAGAUUCUAAAUUCGAUUAGGUUUUGUUAAAAAUCCAUCAGUUUGUAACAUAACGUAGUACGUAUCAUUCCAAUCAUCGUUACGUGCCGAUGACAAUUAAUAAAAAAUUUACAACGAAUGAGUGAGCCCUGUAGGGGUUGUUCUGGUUGUCUUCGUGUUACACGUUUGGCUAAAAWUGAUUCGGUUCAAGUAGGACGUAGGUUGUAAUAAUUGAAUAACUCCUUAACUUUUCACCGACGAUUGUGGUGACGAAUAUCGAAUACCGUGACUUUAGCCUUUGGGGGGACCGACUACCUUGUAUAAUAAUAUAUUGCUUGAUAAUUUAUUAUGAUUUAAUYAUCAAAUGAUAAUUUAGAUUAUAAUAGAUAUUGUUUACUCGCCCAUGGCCUACUCCACAAAUUCAUUAUUGUUAUUGUAACAUUUGUAACACCCACGAUUCAUAUAUAUCUAGGUCAUUAUUGUUGUACCUAUUAUGUUUGAAAGCAAUGAAAGCAAAGUUUUAGUUAGACAUCUAAGCCAUCUUACAAGCUCCUCGCCGGCCAGUGUGACUCAUCAUCUCGGAACACUCCAAAAAGUUUUCAAGCCACGACAUCUUAAUAGGAGGUGUUCAUAAGUAUACCUAUGUAAGUAAUAUUAGUAACCUGUCUACUUACUCGUCAAAUUUUUUUUUUCGUUACCGCUAUGGAAUUUUGACUUCUUUCCUCUUCAGGUGGCAAUACGUAUCAUUUAUUAUUUCGAUAUUAUGCAGUACUUGGUAGUUAGUCGUUUUGAAAUCUAAUCGCAUUCACACAUCCCGCUUUUAGUUAUUAUAAUUUAAUAUAAUUUUUGUUGUUAUUGCAGUUUACAAACUACGAUUAUACUUAAUGAAGUUAUUAACCUGCAUUAUUUAGUUCUAUACCCUGUCAGGUAUGCCCACUAUAUUAUAUAAUAUACAAAUAUUAAUCCAGCGUCAAAUAUAUUUAAAUACCUAUACGUCAAACACGCUUAGACGAUAUUAUAAUUAUUAUUGUACACCGGUAGGGAGUAAUAACUAGUUAGGUAUGUGAUUUUUACAUUUUUUUAAAUUAUAAUGAAAAUUAAUAGAAUUAUUCAAUUUUAAUUACCUAUGUAGGUAAUGUAUUAGGUACAUAUUAUUAUAUGUAUAAAAGUAUAUAAGCAAUUUUUUUAAAGCGACGGUUAGACCGUUGUAGUUUGUGUCUUCCGAUAUAUAUAAUAUAUAUUAUAUAUGUGUAAUUGAUAUUGUGAUAAACAACAUUUGUCUUCCAGGGCUUUAUAGCCCAUAUUACCAAACAAAUUAUUCUUGAAUUUGAAAUAUUUUGACGACGAGAAUGUUUGGURGUUAAAAUGUUAAAUUGCCGUUUUAACAAUAAAUGUAAUGUUUAUAUUAUUAUUAAAUUUAAUUAAUUAAGUACAACCGUUUAUAUAUCAUUAAUAUUGUAUAACAUUAAAAUUGUGCUGUUUGUAGCAAUUUAUUGUCUUCCAUUAUAAAAACGUUUCUAAAUGUUGAUGUUUGAUUUUCAAAUGGAUCUGACCGAAAAAUAUAAAUCCAUUUGGAUUCCAGGCAUCUUUAUACUUUGGAUAAGUAACGUUCAUACUAUAUAUUAAAUUAGCGCUUAAUUGUUAAAUAAUGUCAAUUGCAAGUCUUCCAAAAUAAAAAUAAAUAUUUAUCACCUAUAGUGAUUAGUCAAAAUAAUUAUGUUAUUAUAUUAUACUGUCGUAAUUUAUAAUCAUGUUAAUAAACUGGCUUAUAUUAUUUAUAAGCAUUUACUCACAUAAUAUAAUAUUUUGUCGAGUUAU